AUGUAUGUAUGUUCAUGGCUGCGGGGGGACCCGUCCUGGGUUGUGGACUCCGCCGGCACACCAUGGCAGAGUGGAGGAAAGACAUAUGAUGCCGCCAAAGCCUUAGAUGGGGACACUACGACCUACUGGAACCCCCAAAACCUCGCCCGUCACUACAACAACUGGUACAUCGUGCUGGAUCUCAAGGCGCCCUACACUCUCUCACAGAUCGCGAUCAACAACUUCGGAGACACGGAUCACGACAUUAAAGCCUUCAAGCUGCAAAAGUCGCAAAUUGGGAGUCCGUACAACUGGGAAGACGUCACAUCCGUCGGUAACGUGCAGGGAGGGACAAGCGAUCGCCAGGAGUUCGGCGGGUUCCAGGGAACAGCGCGGUACUGGAGGUUCGUCGUCACUCAGACCCACGCUGGCUGGCAGCCAUGGCUCAAAGGACUCGGCUUCUUAGGGAAAAUAGCAGGUUCAUGGCUGCGGGGGGACCCGUCCUGGGUUGCGGACUCCGCCGGCACGCCGUGGACGAAUGGAGGAAAGACUUACGAUGCAGCCAAAGCCUUGGAUGGAGACACCACGACCUACUGGAACCCACAAAACCUCGCCCGUCACUACAACAACUGGUACAUCGUGCUGGAUCUCAAGGCGCCCCACACUCUCUCACAAAUCGCGAUCAACAACUUCGGAGACACCGAUCACGACAUUAAAGCCUUCAAGCUGCAAAAGUCGCAGAGUGGGAGUCCGUACAACUGGGAGGACGUCAAGUCCGUCGGUAACGUGCAGGGAGGGGCAAGCGAGCGCCAGGAGUUCGGCGGGUUCCAGGGAACAGCGCGGUACUGGAGGUUCGUCGUCACUCAGACCCACGCUGGCUGGCAGCCAUGGCUGAAAGGACUCGGCUUCUACGGAACCAGAGCAGCCCCAGCAGGUGCAGCAGCUCCAAGCACCGGUAACGUCAACCUGGCCCUGAACCGCCCGGCGACCCAGUCCAGUACCGACUUUAAAGGCGACCCCGGACGGGCUGUAGACGGGAACCGCAACCCCAUCUAUGGCAGAAAGUCUUGUUCCCACACGGCAAUGGAGCGGGAUCCAUGGUGGCGAGUCGACCUGGGCAGCAGUCAACGUGUGGAUAGGGUGGUCGUCUACAAGCGAAUGCGCAUCGGCGAAAUGUGGCUGGAAGGCUUCCAGGUUUACGUGGGCGACAACCCGAACGUGGUGGAAAACCCUACCUGUGGCGGAAGGCAGUCUGUUGCUGGGAAAAAAGCCAUCACGGUGAACUGUGGCGGCAUGACGGGCCGAUAUGUGGGGAUAGCUCUGCCGGACAAGAGACAGUACCUCAUCCUGUGUGAGGUGGAGGUGUAUGGAGGUGCCCAGGGCAAACGUGUGCUCAGCCUGGAGGACAAGCUGGAAAGCCUGAGGGAAGACCUGGAGAAAGCAGUCGAGAUGGAAGACUUGGAGGACUUGGAGGAAGAAGAGGCCUUUGAGGAAGAGGCCUUUGAGAAAAAAGGGUUGGACGAAGAAGCCUUGGAGGAAGAAGUCUUGGAGGAGAUAGAAGCCUUGGAGGAAGACGCCUUGGAGGAGGCAGCCGAGAUCGAAGGCUUGAAGGAAGAGGUCUUGGAGGAGAUAGAAGCCUUGGAGGAAGCAGCCUUGGAAAAAUAGGCAUGCCAGAAAGGCGUCAACAAUGGCUAGUGACGCCCACGAUAUUGUGGCUUAAACUUCAAGUGUCUACGCUUUAAGUAACUUUCAGUAACUUAACUCUCAAGGAACUUUGAAUUAGUGAUUUAAGAAUCCAUGGCAGCGGGUUAAGACACUGCAGUCUUGUCUUAACCUCUAAGUCACUUGACACUCCUUGACUUAACCCUCAAAUGACUUAGUUAUCCAGUGAUUUAAAUUGAAACGGACUUAAGAGAAAGUACCAAGUAGGGUUAAUCAUAAUUCCUCAAAAGUCUGACAUACUUUCAUAUCAUUAUUGUCAAAGAACAGACGUUACUAUGACAACCCACACACAAAAGUCGGUAGAUAACUUGAGGAUUGAGUAAACAAUAAUUCUAAGAAUAAGUUUGGUUUUUUUCUGUUAGAUUAAGAUCUCCAUUGGUGAUAUAUAAAUUCUACACUAUUCUUCCUGGAGUCCUCAAGGGUGAUAAUGUAAAUCACUUUGUGUUCGCCAGGCCUCCAUCCGGCUGAUUUGUAGUGAAUCACCAACUUACAGAUAGUAGCUUUUGGACCAUCGCACACCGGGGCAUGUCCCCGCUCUUUUUCGAAAGGUGUAGCUAGAAUUCAACCCUGCAAUCUUUUUACAACUGUAAUGGUUUAAACGUUUAGUAUGAGGAGAUCGGGGGCACACCUAUUAUGGUAAUAAAAUUGGUGAUCGGUUGAAA